AGUUGUAUGCCUGGGACCCCUAAUUCCCUCGAGUUUGAACUUGCCGUCAGACAUCCUAUUGCCUACCCAACAUUGUAUCCCAUACCCAUCGCCUCUCUUCCUCCUGACCGGAUGAUCAGACCAACCAGAGCCAUCCAAUCACCGUUAGACGCUUCUCCUUCAGCAGAUUCCGGCGACUCUCCUCCUGGGCAAGACAUCUCACCUACGUCCAGUUUCUCAACAGCCCAACCACCGACCACACUACUCAUCCACGAUGGUCUCAAGCAACUCGACAUAUCCUACUGGACAGAUGUACCCAUUAGCAACGAGCUGGCCGCGCGGGUGAUUUCUCUUUACCUCGAGAUAGACUACCCAGUCUUGCCCCUGUUCCAUGCCGAACUCUUUGUUCAAGAUCUCGUACAGCGACGAGGAUAUUUCUGCUCUCGCCUCCUUGUUUCCGCCCUUCUUAGCUGGGCUUGUCAAGCAUACACUGCCCUGAAGCCAGAGGUCGCCACAUACAGCGUCGAGUUCUUUUCCGAGGCCGAGAGAUGCCUCGCCGCCAUGCCGUCAGCCAACACGCUGACGGCUGUCUCGGCACUGCAGCUUCUUUGUAUGAGUGCUGUAACACAGGGCAGAGAUGACGUCGCCUUGAGGUUUCUUCAAGAGAGCGUCAAAGUCGGCAGGACGAUGGGAUUGUUUGGUGUACAGCCUGGUAGACCGUCAGCAAACAGCUGGCUGGACGGUUACCACGACUGGCGAAUCGCUGCGUCGUAUACAGCAUGGGGAAUCGAGAUUCCUCCUCAGCUUCCGAUGCCAGGGGACGUUGAGUUUAUUCCGGAUAUGCAGGGGGUCUACUCUACCCAUCCUGACCCCCAAAAAGACAGAUUCAGAGCUUGCUGCCAGCUCUGGGUCAUCUUUCAUCAGGUGCUCUGGUCAUAUUAUGGCCAAAAGCAGACUGGAGUACCCUCGCAACGCGUUCCGGUCGAGUUUGCUGAGGGGAUAUACCGUCGACUAUUAACGUGGGCAGACGACUUGCCCCUGAACCUCGUACGAAGUGAUUUGAGCAACCACGGCGUUAUGAUGAUGCAUAUAUACUUCCACGCCAUCGUUACCGACGUAUUCAGGCCACUGCUCAUCGAUGCCGAAAUGAGCAAGCCGCUUCGCCUAGGCUCGUUCACGGCACCUAAGGCCACUCCCGAGGCUGCGUACUCGGCUUCUGUGAACCAGCUGAAGCGUCUGCUACUCAUGUAUCGGCUCAACUUCAGGACCGCCAUGUUCUCAGUCGUCUGGCAAACAGGACUUAUCUACGUUGCCAACGCCAUGAUGAGGGAGGUCAAGUCCAAUAGUAACGAAUGGCGCUACUACCUUCACCUCUGCAUGGCAGGGCUAGAAGAUCUUUACGCCUCCUACCGGGUAUUUGGGUCCAUUGCAAAGGCCAUUCUGGGCAUAGCAAUCGAACACGGUGCUCUCAGAACCUCUGAAGCACGGCGUAUCACAAACGAGUUAGAGGACCUAGGUCGCCAUCACACAGUCAUCAAGCCUCUGGGCGAUGGACGAGAGGUGGCCAACUGGAUCAUCGAUCUGGAUCUUGCCAUGACAGAUCCCAAGGCCGCGCAAGGUAGUAACCUUGCGGAACGAUUCCAGGAGCUCAUUAUCGAGGACACCACAGAGGAGAAUCAAUCUUAG